CAGGAGCAUGGGGUUUAUUUGGCCGCUUUUCUCAGACUGGAAUCAUAAAAGAAGAGUCCUAGGAGUGACAUAGUGGACUGGACUAAAUAUGAAAAACCGUUAAGUAAACAUUUAACCAUUAAGUAAAGAAACAUUGCUGUGAAAUGAACACAGGUAAAGAAAAUAUGUUCCUUCUUAUUCUUUUAUCUGGAAUUCUUCCAUGUGUGGGAACGGUGGAGCUGAAAUAGUUGUCACAUCAUCAGCAGUUUUCUGGAAGGUUACUUCUUCUCAGAGUGCUAGUAAAGAAUUACUUGACAGAACAUGGGAAGCAGUGUGGUAGAGAGAAACAGAGUGGAUCCUCCAGAUGGAGGUUGGGGAUGGGUGGUGCUGUUUGGUGGCUUCAUUAUCACUGGUUUCUCCUACGCUUUUCCUAAAGCCAUAAGUGUGUACUUUAAAGAACUGAUGCGAGAUUUUGGCUGUGGCUACAGUGACACAGCUUGGAUUUCCUCUAUCAUGCUUGCCAUGCUUUAUGGCUCAGGUCCAGUUUCCAGCAUCAUGGUUAAUAGGUUUGGGUGUCGCCCAGUAAUGCUGAUUGGGGGAUUGUUAGCUUCAGUUGGUAUGAUUGGUGCAUCUUUUACCACCAACAUCAUCCAACUUUACUUCACUGCUGGAGUCAUUACAGGGCUUGGUCUUGCUCUGAAUUUCCAGCCCUCACUUAUUAUGCUUGGGUGUUAUUUUGACAAACGCAGACCUCUAGCCAAUGGACUAGCAGCAGCUGGAAGCCCAGUCUUUCUCUCAGCUCUUUCUCCACUAGGACAAGUGCUACUGGAUUGCUUUGGCUGGAGGGGAGGCUUCCUGAUCAUGGGAGGGCUGUUGCUUAACUGUUGCACCUGUGGUGCUGUUAUGAGACCAUUGGGAUAUAAAGAUCAGAAGUCUGCAGCCAGGGAAGAAUCAAUUGCUCAUGAGUUGAAAGAGAUGCUCCCAUCAAAGCCUGGUCAAGAAGAGAAUGAUCUGGAGAAGGCUCAGUAUGAAAACCCCAAGAGAAAGAAACUCCUUGACUUUAAUGUACUUUGUGACAAAGGACUUAUAAUUUACAUAGUAGCCAAAUUUGUAGUUGUGCUUGGUUUGUUUGUCCCUACAAUUCUCUUAGUAAACUAUGCUAAAGAUCAAGGCGUUCCUGAUCAGGAAGCUGCCUUCCUCCUCUCCAUUAUUGGAUUUGUUGACAUCUUUGCUCGACCAACAUGUGGCCUAGUGGCAGGACUAAAGUGCAUACGAGCCAAAAUGCCCUACUUUUUCAGCUUGGCCUUAAUCCUAAAUGGCCUUACAGAUGUUUGCUCAGCAAGAAAUACAGACUACAUGGGUCUAGUGAUCUUCUGUGUGUUCUUUGGCCUUUCUUAUGGAAUGGUGGGUGCACUCCAAUUUGAAGUGCUGAUGGGAAUUGUGGGUACUAACAGUUUUCCCAGCGCCCUUGGUUUAGUUCUCCUAAUAGAGGCAACAGCUGUGCUCAUUGGACCUCCUUCUGCUGGACGAUUAGUGGAUACUUACAAGAACUAUGAGCUGAUUUUCUACAUGGCUGGAGGAGAGUUGAUGGCCGCUGGCUUUUUUCUUGCCAUUGCGUCUUACUGUUACAUUAAGCUCCAGAAGAAAAAGGACACACCUGCCAUUGAGGACAGCGAUACUGAGGAAAACAUUAAUCAUACUAAUCACGAAGGCACCCAUGCCAUGGACAAUAGUUAACCUUAAUUGAAAUAGAAAAUAAACUUGACAUAAGUUGAUAUUUACGUAUAAAUAAUUUCGGUAGAUCCAAUUUUAUAUCAAUGUCCUUUCACUUGAAGUGCACUUCAUUUGACCAAUAAAUUAUC